UCGACUGUUACAAUGGUUCGUUCCGGAUAGAUUUCACAGAGCACAGAAACCCGAAAGAGAAGAAGCUGAAAAAUGGAGUCACACCUUUUCGUCCACAAAACCUUCGCUUAAUCAAAUGUAGAAACGGGAGAUAAAGAGAGAGAAGCUCCAUGGACUGCCAUUGCCUUCUGGGCUCAUCUUCUUCCCUAUCCCCAUACCCCAAACCAAUACCCCUCACCAAAAACCCGCUAAAACCCCUCCCUCCCUCCGCCGUCUCCUCCUCCUCCUCCUCCCACCUCGCACCCGCCGACGAUGAUGAUGAAAACGAUAAAACCCACAAACCUAAUUUCGAUUUCCUCAAGCUCUCUGUAACUCUCACCGUAAUCUCCACCUCCCUCCCCCAAAUCCCCACCGCCGUCGCCGCCGUCAAGGAGAAAAAGCGUACGCCCAAGAAGUCUACCCCCAAAAAGUCCGAAGCUUUAUCUCCCCAAGAACUCGAGUCAUGGUCCCAGGGACUCCCCAUCGUCUCCAAUCGAAUUCCGUACACCCAGCUGUUGGCGCUCAGUCAGGAAGGUAAGCUGAAGCAUGUAAUCAAGCCACCGGGAAUUGAAUUGCAGAAAAGGGCAGAGCCUGUUCUGGUUGUUCUCGAAGAUUCUCGGGUUCUACGCACCGUUUUGCCAUCGGUGGAUAGCGACAGGAGGUUCUGGGAGCAAUGGAAGGAGUUGAAAAUUGAGUCUUUCUGUGUUAAUGCUUACACUCCGCCGCUUAAACGGCCGGAGGUGCCAUCGCCGUACUUGGGCUUUGUGGCGAAAUGGCCCGGGUUUCUGUCGUCGUUCUCCGGGAAGCCGAAGAAGGAGAGCAAGAGAGCUAUGGAGUUGAGAAGGGCGAGGGAAGAGUUCAAGAUGCAGAGGAAGGAGGAAUUGGAUAGGAUGAGGAAGGAGAGAGAGAUGAUUGACAAGGCAAUGAAGGCUCAGAAGAAAGAGGAGGAGAGGAGAGUGAGGAGAGAAAUGAGGAAGAAGAAGCACGACGAUUCAUUGCGCGAGGCACGGAGGAAUUAUCAGGAGAUGGCCAAUGUAUGGGCCAAUUUGGCUCAGGACACCAAUGUGGCUACUGCUCUUGGGUUGGUGUUCUUCUACAUAUUUUAUAGGACUGUGGUGCUUAGUUAUAGGAGGCAGAAGAAGGACUACGAGGAUAGGCUGAAGAUCGAAAAGGCGGAGGCAGAGGAGAGGAAGAAAAUGAGGGAGUUGGAGAGGGAGAUGGAGGGGAUUGAGGGUGAUGAGGAGGAUGAGAUUGAGCCAGGGAAGGGUGAGCAGAAUCCUUAUUUGAAAAUGGCAAUGCAGUUCAUGAAGUCUGGUGCUCGUGUUCGACGAGCUCAUAAUAAGAGGCUGCCUCAGUAUUUGGAGAGAGGCGUGGAUGUCAAGUUUACGGAUGUGGCAGGGCUCGGGAAGAUUAGGCUUGAGCUUGAGGAGAUUGUCAAGUUCUUCACUCAUGGUGAAAUGUAUAGGAGAAGAGGAGUUAAAAUACCAGGUGGGAUACUGCUUUGUGGCCCUCCUGGAGUGGGUAAGACAUUGCUUGCAAAAGCUGUUGCUGGUGAAGCAGGCGUGAACUUCUUUUCCAUUUCGGCCUCUCAGUUUGUGGAGAUAUAUGUUGGUGUUGGUGCUUCUCGUGUCCGAGCACUUUAUCAGGAGGCAAGGGAAAAUGCUCCAUCAGUUGUCUUCAUUGAUGAGUUGGAUGCCGUUGGAAGAGAGCGUGGUUUGAUCAAGGGUUCUGGUGGACAGGAACGUGAUGCUACUCUUAAUCAGCUCCUUGUUUGCUUGGAUGGGUUUGAAGGAAGAGGGGAAGUGAUCACUAUUGCUUCCACAAAUAGACCAGAUAUUCUAGAUCCAGCCCUUGUCAGACCUGGACGGUUUGACCGGAAGAUAUUUAUCCCUAAGCCUGGUCUUAUAGGUCGCAUUGAAAUUUUGAAGGUCCAUGCACGCAAGAAGCCUAUGGCUGAAGACGUCGACUAUAUGGCUAUUGCUAGUAUGACUGAUGGAAUGGUUGGUGCAGAGCUAGCUAACAUAAUUGAGGUUGCUGCAAUCAACAUGAUGCGUGAUGGAAGGACUGAGAUUACUACUGACGACCUUUUACAAGCUGCACAAAUGGAAGAAAGAGGAAUGCUAGAUAGGAAGGAGAGAAGUUUAGAUACAUGGAAGCAAGUAGCUAUUAAUGAGGCUGCAAUGGCUGUUGUUGCUGUGAACUUUCCUGAUCUUAGAAAUAUUGAGUUUGUCACAAUUGCUCCUAGAGCUGGUCGAGAAUUGGGUUAUGUUAGAAUGAAAAUGGAUCCUAUCAAGUUCAGAGAAGGAAUGCUUACUCGGCAAUCGCUCCUCGAUCAUAUCACUGUUCAACUGGCACCACGUGCAGCUGAUGAACUUUGGUUUGGUGAGGAUCAGUUAAGUACGAUAUGGGCUGAAACAGCAGACAAUGCUAGGUCAGCAGCACGAACAUAUGUUCUUGGUGGCCUUUCGGAGAAGCAUCACGGGUUAUCUAAUUUCUGGGUUGCAGAUCGACUCAAUGACCUCGAUGUGGAGGCAUUGCAAAUUGUCAACAUGUGUUAUGAACGUGCAAAAGAGAUUUUGCAGAAAAACCGAACGCUCAUGGAUGCAGUGGUUGAUGAACUUGUCCAGAAGAAGAGUUUAACCAAGCAAGAAUUCUUUAGCUUAGUUGAGUUACAUGGUACCCUCAAACCUAUGCCGCCUAGUAUACUCGACAUCCGAGCUGCCAAACGGAAGCAGUUCCAAGAAAUGAUGAUGAACCAAAAGGAAGCAGCUUUAGGUAGCAACUUAUGAGCAAAAAUGUGAAGAGAAUCAUAUGGUAGAUAAUUAUCAUUGAUUUGGAAGCAACACACAAGUCGGGAUUGGUAAAUUAAGCAGCGAGUGAUUUCGUGAGUAUCUUUCCCAACCUGUGACGUUUGACAUGCCUGGCAGCUUGGGCAAAUCAUAUUGGUUGAUCGGAAACAUUUAUACGGGGGAGGUCAUGCAGAGCAACAUCAAUCUGAGGGAGAAGCCCCCAUCAAUAUUCAUUUGUUCGAUUUUCGAAAUUUUCCAUAUGUUUCAGUUCAUUAAUUUUACUUGGCCACUGGAACAAAAUGGUUCUUAGCAGUUCAAGGAGACCAAAUUUUUGUUAAUAGAUAUGUACUUCAGUAGAA